CAUUCUUGUUGUUUGAUGUCCUCUGCAUUCAACUUGAAACUUAGCACUUUUACAGCAAGAAAAAACGUGGAAGAUUUCACUGGGCCUAGAGAAAGAAGUGAUCUGGGAUUCAUUACUUUUGACAUUACCGCAGAUUUGCAAACCAUAUUUGAUUGGAAUGUUAAACAGUUAUUUCUGUAUUUGUCUGCAGAAUAUUCCACAAAAAACAAUGCCCUAAAUCAAGUUGUCCUUUGGGAUAAGAUCAUCUUAAGAGGAGAUAAUCCAAAGCUGUUGCUGAAAGAUAUGAAAUCGAAAUACUACUUCUUCGAUGAUGGAAAUGGUCUCAAGGGAAACAGAAAUGUCACUUUGACUCUCUCCUGGAACGUCGUACCAAAUGCUGGCAUUCUACCUCUUGUGACAGGAUCAGGACAUGUAUCUGUUCCAUUCCCAGAUGCAUAUGAAACAACAAAAAGUUAUUAAAUUAUUAUACUGAAUCCUAAGCAACAUAUUUUUAUACUUGUAUAUUGUGGAUAAAUUUUAUCACGCUUUCCCCUUCUGUCCCAUGCAACCUUCUGGGGAAAGCUAAUUGAGUUCUUGGGGUCUAACUGAACUGAAAAAGAAAACACAUGGAAAUGAUUUUUUUUCUUUAUUUUAAAUGCAACAUUGAUGCUGAAACUUAAAGGAAAGGUAAAUUGACAAUUUAAAAUUUUCGAAAAAUAGACUUUUUGUUGGCAACCUGUGUAAAGAACUACCUUUCUUAUAAAUAAACAUUUAAAACCAUAAAA